AUGGCGCAAGAGGACGGGUCCCCAGUAACUUCAUCACCCCUGCAGUUCUUUCCCUGGCUAUCUCCUGGGAUGGGAUCUCCAUACCCAACAUGGCUCAGGGAGCUAAAAUCUGAAGAGAGAGGUUUAUAUCUGAUCCAGCUUCUUUAUUCUUGUGCUAACCAUGUCGCUUCUGGUAGCAUUGAGAAUGCAAAUAUUUGGCUUGACCAUAUUUCUCAGCUAGCCUCUCCUGAUGGCGAUACAAUGCAGCGAAUAGCUGCUUAUUUCAAUGAGGCACUUGCAGACCGGAUGCUUAAAGCUUGGCCUGGUCUGUAUAAAGCUCUUAACUCAACGAAAAUAACAUCAGUCUCAGAAGAAAUUCUCGUUAAAAGGCUCUUCUGUGAUCUAUGUCCUUUCUUGAAGGUUGCGUACGUGGUUACAAAUCAGGCCAUAGUGGAAGCAAUGGAAGGAGAAAAGAUGGUUCAUAUUAUUGAUCUUCAUUCAUGUGAGCCUGCCCAAUGGAUUUAUCUGAUUCAGACAUUAAUGCUCGACCUGAAGGCCCGCCUCAUUUGA